ACAGGUACAGUAGAGCGCGACACAAAUGAGCCACGUUGACAGAGUACAGAUUUCAGGUGUUUCUGUUAAAAGGUUGCUUUAUUUGUCGGUCUGUCGGUCAACUUCGCGGCGACUUCAGGAUAUAUUUGUAUAAUGAGUGUGGGUUUCAUUGGAGCAGGCCAGCUGACCCACGCUCUGGUCAGAGGCUUCUCAGCUGCAGGCGUGAUUGCCACCCACAGAAUCACAGCCAGUUCCCCAGACACAGAUCUCCCCACAGUACAGGGACUAAGGAAAUUGGGUGUCAAUUUCACAACAAGCAACAAAGAGACAGUGAGCAAGAGCGAUGUUCUCUUCCUGGCCGUGAAGCCCCACAUCAUCCCUUUUGUACUGGAUGAGAUAGGACCAGACAUUGAAGAUCGUCAUCUUAUUGUGUCCUGUGCGGCAGGUGUCACCAUCAGCUCUAUAGAGAAGAAGCUGCAGCUGUAUCGUGCUUUUCCCAAGGUAAUGCGGUGCAUGACAAACACUCCGGUGGUGGUGCGUGAGGGGGCCACCGUGUACGCCACAGGCACCCAUGCAAAAGUAGAGGAUGGACAGCUUCUGGAGCUGUUGAUGGCCAGUGUAGGAUACUGCACUGAGGUAGAGGAGGACCUGAUCGAUGCCGUCACCGGUCUCAGCGGCAGUGGUCCUGCUUACGCAUUUACGGCUGUAGAUGCUCUUGCUGAUGGUGGAGUGAAAAUGGGCCUUCCCAGGAGACUGGCUAUACGCCUCGGAGCCCAAGCCUUGCUGGGGGCUGCUAAAAUGCUGUUAGACUCAGAUCAACACCCUGGCCAGCUCAAGGACAAUGUGUGUUCACCAGGGGGCGCCACCAUCCACGCCCUGCACGUCAUGGAGAGUGGUGGCUUCCGCAGCCUCCUCAUCAACGCUGUAGAGGCUUCCUGUGUUAGGACUAGGGAACUUCAGUUUUUGGCCGACCAAGAGAAAAUCUCCUCAGCUGCCAUUAAGAAGACAACUCUGGACCAAGUGUUGCAGCAGCCAGGAUUGAUUCCAGAGGGUGUCGGAGUAAAAUCUCAUGGGAUCAGUAUGUUCCACAGCAGUAAGCCCAGGACCAGAAAGAAGUGAUUUAUUGUCAAGUUUUGAAACAGUACAUUUGAUAUGCUCUGCAUUUUAUGCUGUGAAUUAACCACUACUGGCAGAUGUUGUGGGAACAAAAGAUAACCUUUGGGUUAUGUUUUUAUAAUAAAACAUCAAUAUUUGGGAUGAUGCUGUAAAAACUGUGUAAGCUAUAUUUCUUUCUCUAAUUAAAUAAUGUUCCUUUGUCAGGCGUGGAGACUAGCCUAUAAUAACGGUUGCAAUAUCUGUUGUUACUAUGGCUUGAACAAAUUCAGUCAGGCGUUGCUGGUGUUAGUUGGCCAAGUUAGUUUGACUAAAUAACUGUCUUUCAGUGGUAUGCAGUAAAUCAGUGAGCCCUUAUUCCCUGAAAGUGCAAUUACAAAUACACGUGUAUUUAUGCAAUCUCACAAUUACUUGUUACUUAAAAAAUGUAAAUUGCAUAUAUUAUGAUGAAAUGAAACUGUGAGGUUGUAUGGUUUUAUUAAUAAAAAACAAAAACAAAUA